AUGGUGCAAUAAUUGACUAAUUUUUUAAAACAAAAGAGGCUAGAAAAAUUAGUCCAUGGGACGCAAAAGCGCGGGAAAAAAAAGUUGGGUGCGGAGAAGGUGGGGAUUGAGAAGUGAUAGAAAAGCCCAAUUUUUGAGGUGUUGGGAGAAUUAGGGGUUAGGGUUUGAAUUGAAAAGGGGGAAUAUGGAGGAUGAGAGGGGAACUAUAGGAAGCAUAAACCUUAGUCAGAAAGAUAAAGAAGAGAAAGUAAAUCUAAGCAGCCAGGUCCAUCACCUCCCAUGCUGCAUCAAAUUCAAUGGUCCCUGCUCUGUUUCUCAAUACUUCAAACCCAAACCCAAAGGGAUGGAGAUUGAUGGGUUGGCAGUAGAGGAAGCCCAUUUUAGAGGAAGGAAGCUUCAAGGAACUACUAUUUCUCUUCCAAAUGGAUAUUCUGGCUUUGUUCUUGCAAAGAACAACUCAGGCAAGAGGAAGGCUUUUGAUGUAUCUGAAGGGAGGUCAGACAAUUGGGAAAUGAAAGCCAAAUUUGAUAAAUUAACAUAUUGGAAUCAUGAUAGCCCUCCUUCCAAAGAUGAUCCCUUCUUGCGAUCUUUCCAUUGGUUUACUGUUGCAGAAGCUCUUCACAAACAGUAAAAGCUGAAGACUUGGCUGCAGCCUCUGAUGCUGUGGGAAAAAACUAAUGGACCAAUAGUGGUAUGUGCAGAGCAUCUUCUGAUCUUUGGCCACCGAUUUUCUUAUUUGUACCGUUUGUUGUGGAGGAAAAAUUGAUAGGCUGAUUGGAAAUGUGGAGAAUAUCCUGUAAUCUUUACCUAUGAUUUGCUGUACUUCUCAUUCUUAAAGUAGUUCAGUCUUAAUCAAAAUCAAGAAUCUCUCUAGAGAAGAGCACAAUCCACACACAAAAAAAAAAAAAAUCGCUUCUUUUUUUUGUGAUUUCUUAUCUUUUUAUUUUUAUUUAUUUGGCUGAGCAAAAAAAUUUGACCGAAUAUAUAGUUAUUUCAAAUAUUACCACUUUAUUCCUUUCCUACGACCAAUUUUGACAAAGGACUCUUGAAACAUAUACAAUCACGUGAUUGGUGUGGCUGAGGUGCAGCAUCAGGUUCUCAAAUUGCCCAUGUAUAUAGAUGCAGUCGGCCAGCUUUAAUCCAGACGUAAUGUCAAAACU